AUGGGGGUGUCCGCCGACGACGACACGAUCCUCGCGCUGACGGCCCGCAUCGCCGCGCUCGAGGGCAACCACGGCGUCGACGACGACGCGCCCGUCUACCUGUCGGCUGCCGACGCCAACGCCUUCUGGCUGCUCUUCGGCAUGGUGCUCGUCUUCUUCAUGCAGGCGCGGUUGCGCCGCGCGGGCUUCGCCAUGCUCGAGGUCGGGUCCGUGCAGCUCAAGAACACGAAGAACAUUUUGAUCAAGAACGUCUUCGACGCGUCCAUCGCGGCCAUCUUCUGGUGGUUCUUCGGCUACGGCAUCGCCUUCGGCGACGACAACUUCCCGAAGACGGGCAACAACGGCUUCCUGGGCAAGAGCGGCUACUUCUACGAGGGCAACAGCGGCAGCCCGCUGACGAUGUCCGCGGACGGCAAGACGUACGCCAAGGCCUUCUGGCUCUUCCAGUGGGCCUUCGCGGGCGCGGCGGCGACGAUCGUGUCCGGGGCCGUCGCGGAGCGCUGCAAGUUCGGCGCCUACGUCUGCUACUCGUGCGUGAUCACGGGUUUUAUAUAUCCGGUCUGCGUGCACAUGGGCUGGGACGGGUCCGGGAAGCUGAGCCCCUGGCGGUCGUCCAAGCUCGUGGGGGGCUGCGGCGUCAUCGACUUCGCCGGGUCCGGCGUCGUCCACAUGACCGGCGGCGUCGCCGCGCUCGUCGCGGCGAAGAUGGUCGGCCCGCGGACGGACUGGAAGCGCGGGCUGCCCCAGCAGUCCGUCGUCUACCAGACCCUGGGCGUGCUCAUGCUCUGGGUCGGCUGGUACGGCUUCAACGGCGUCUCGACGCUGGCGAUCACGGGCUACGGCGGGCUCGCCGCGCACGUCAUGAUGACGACGACGAUCUCCGCGGCGACGGGCUGCCUCGCGACGACGUUUUUAGGCUACCUCGUCGACCACGUCAUCGACACGGCCUACGCGAACAACGGCAUCCUCGCGGGCCUCGUGUCCAUCACGGCGCCCUGCCCCGUGGUGAACCUGUGGGGCGCGUUCGUCAUCGGGCUCAUCGCCGCGCCUGCGCCCGUGUACCUCGGCGCGUCCAAGUCGCUCGUCUUCCUCGGCAUCGACGACGUCGUCGACGCUUUUCCGGUUCACGGCGCCUGCGGCAUGUGGGGCGUCAUCGCGGCGUCCCUCUUCGCCACGGAGUACUACUACAAGAUCGCCUACUACAGCGACGACGACCGCGCGUCGGAGUGCGCGGGCGUCUUCUACGGCGGCGACGGCGGCGCGCUCGGGAGCGCGUGCCUCUUCGUCCUCUUCAUCAUCGCCUGGGUCGGCGGCACCAUGACGCUCCUCUUCACGGCCAUGCACCUGACCAUCGGCAUCCGCUGCAGCCCGGAGGAGGAGGCCAUGGGCAUGGACGACUCGAAACACGGCGGCUCCGUGCUCACGGACCUCGAGAUGUCCGCCGCGCAGGUGCCCGCGGGGACCGAGGCCUAG